AAAAAAGUUCCGGGUUGUUGGUAUAAAAUGAGCAGUUUAAAGCAAAGGGAUUUAAGUCAGAAACAGGGAGUUCUACCAGAAGCAGCCGGCUUUUGAGCAGAAGAAACGAAGGAUUAUCAGAGGUAACUAAAAAUCUCGCUGAAUUUUGGGUAUGACUGCGAUCAUAUGAACAAAAACAAAAUUAGUUGGUAGUAGUCUGUUAGUAUACGCCGAACAAAUUUCGUGUUUGCUCCUCGAGCUUAAAAGUCUUGGUAGCUUUAAGAAGUUGCACCUACAGCACUUCAUAGACAUCUUUCAAGCUUUUUCAAUUUGUAUCAGAUGACCUUACAGCGAUAAAAUCCUUUAGGACUUGUCAGGCCUCAACUGAUAUGGGUACCUAUUGAGAGUGUGACCUACAUAUGUAUUUUUACCAAGUUCGAAGUCCGCGGUUCCGCGGUUCCACGGUUCCACCUUCAAAUCUUAUUUAAUCUCAACCAACAUCGAUUAAGCUGUGUGUUUGUUUUCGCCUCUUACUUUCAUGACUUGAUUCAGCUGUCCUUGUAACAUUCCGUUUUGUGGCUUUCUUCAGUGGAAUUCCAAAGUGAUGUGAGCAUUUUGAAAGCGUUUUGCUUUAUAAGUUGUACUUGAUCACCUUCUACAUAUCGCCAUUGUCUAACGAUUUUCAAGCCUAAAAGUAGAUUCUUAGAACUUAUCGCAGAAUUGAUUUUUAAGAAUUCGUUUAACAUCCCUGAAGUCAAUUUUCGCAUAUCGCACUUACAUGUAAUUUCUGCUCGACGAGUCCUGUAUUAAAGGAAGAAUAACUGAAAAAAUUUCCAUAGCAUUCCACUUCAGAAAAGCGAAGAAAAACCUACUGAAACUUAAAAGUGGACAUAGUUCGAGAUCCCUUUUGACUGCUUAGACUAAGAUGAGAGUCGAUCAACUUCGUUGUGGGUUUUGCAAAGUAUGAUCGUGUUUGUUUUCUCGGAUAGUAACUACCUCCAGUAUAUUGCGUGAGCAGGGCACGAAAUCUGUUCACUUCAGAGUUGACGUUUCAUGCCGUCGGCGUUUUCAUCAGGCGUUGUGCGCGCAACAAAUGUGUGUCACUCAAACAGGAAAGAAUGUAUUGUCGUUAUGCUUGAGCAGUUAACUGCUCACGCGAUGAUGAAAACAAACGCAUCAGCAGAAACACGUUCACAUGCAUUUUUCUCGCAUCGCAUACCUCUUUAAUCUCUGUUCUUUUCAUUCGAUGCUACUUCUGUCGGAAAAAAAAGAGAGCAAAACCGGAGAAAAUUUCCACCAUUCCCCCUCUUAGAAAAGUGAAUAAGUGCGUGGCUAAAUGCCAUUUGCUAGGGUGACCUCAUGUGAUAUAUGAUCCAAAAUGGCUGCUAUCGGAUAAUUUGAUCGCUGAAGUAGCUGAUACUAGCUUCCACUUUGCCGACUCAAGAUCAUUUAUUCAUGAGUUUCCGAUGAUCACCACACGGUAAGAUUCCCUUGAAGGGUCAUGAAUCCAAAAACGCAAAUGUAAUGAACAGAUGAAAUUUGCAGAAUUUACGGUUGAGAAGCCAUUGAUGUAGAGGUUUAUGGGUGAAAUUUUAGGAUUACUUUCAUUUUGAGAAAUUAGCAAGAACUGUUAGAGAGGAAAAAGUUGGUGGAGGACAAAGUUUUUUCAUCCAUCAUACAAAUGUUUGGAAAGUGUCAAACUUUACAUUUUUCUUUUUAAACAAACGACAACCUUUUCAAUUUCACUUUAUUCUUUGCCAUUGCCUUCCACCGUGACCUUUUAUCCCUCUCAGGGUCACUCACUCAGGUCAUUAAAAGGGCUUAUUUGUAUUCUUGAGUAGAAAGUGUAGCAAAGCUUUUAUCGAUGACAUUUUCGAAAGCGCUCAAUUUCGUUACCUGACAUGUAACCUUUUCCUUUUGACUUUAGCGAACAUGGUGGGCCAUAUCCACAGUGGAUUGGUCCUAUUGCUGAUCCUCGGUUUGGGGAUGACGUCUUCUUACAUUAUUGAUGACCCAUACCCGUCCAACAAAGAAAUGGAAACAGUGGAGGACAUGACAGAUGAGAUGACAAAGUUAGACGAAAUGAGCGCACGGGGCAUAGACAAAAAACGAGAACAACAGUUAGAAAAGCGAGACGCAAAGACAAUAGUUGAAACGAAAGCUGACGCUCUUAGAAAAGGAUGCCAAGAUGAGGCCGAAAAAGAGUAUGAUGAAAAAAUACUGGCGGAAAAAGAAGAAGGGAAGAAAAAAGCCAUAAAUAAACACUACAUAUCAUUACAGCAUGGGGAAAAAUCUCUCCAAGAAGGUAAAAAGUGGCUUCAGGGAAAACAAAGUGAAUCUACUACUGCUUGCCUUGUAAGAAAACUUUGUGAAGAUCAAGAAGUCCUUACAGCACUUGGACUUUCUUCGAGUAGGUAAGGACAAAAACUAUUGUACAGCGUUCGAUAGAUUAUUAAAAGAUUUCUAUCGCGUGAUAGUUGAGGGUAGAGAAAUCAAUUAUCACGCAUAGAGAUCGAGAGAGAAAAUCCUAUUUGUUUCAGUGUAAAUCUAGUAUGCGUGCUUAAGUACACGGCCUAAAUGCUCUAAUGCUGUUUGUACUCCUUAAUCUCUACACAGUGAAGAGAAGGACUGCGCAUUGGCCAUUUUUAGGUUAUUUGAAGGCGACGUACACCCUGAUGAAAACAUAAGGUGCAAUCCAAACGCUCGUUUCCGAACAGCCGACGGAACUUGUAACAAUUUGGAUAAUCCUAGACAAGGAGCAGCAGGUGAUCAAUUUCUUCGCCUGGCGGAAAAUGACUACGCAGAUGGCAUCUCGGAACUUCGCGCAGCAAAGGAUGGCUCAGAGUUACCGAACGCGAGGACAGUGAGUUUGGAAGUCCACGGAAGUAACGCAGACCGAACCAAUCCUGAUUCUAUGGUGCUCACCCACUUGACAAUGAACUGGGGACAGUUUAUGGAUCAUGACCUCACGCUAGCAGAGUUUCCGGGUAUUAACUGUGAACCUCCAACCAAAGACCCUGAGUGUAUCAACAUUGAAAUUCCAGAAAAUGAUGACAUAUUUAGGUCUAAGGGUGUCUUUGAUAUUGAAAUGGAGCGAGACGCUGCUCACGUACCAGAAGAGCUUGGCAAACUUGCUCCACGAGAACACAGCAACAGUAUUACAGCCUACAUUGAUGCAUCCAAUGUGUAUGGCUCAAGCGAGGAGGAGGAGGAUAAUCUUAGGGCCCCAGAUGGGUCAUUGAAAAUUAUGAAACCACCACACGGCUGCCCUCUGGGCGACCUAUUACCUGCAGCUUUCCCCGAAACGUUUUGCGAGUCUGUAGAUCCAAACACACCUUGCUUUUUGGCAGGAGACGAGCGCGUAAACGAAAAUCAAGGUAGGAAGAGUACUUAAUAGUUCACCAGAGGCGAGGAGGGUCCGGAGUGAAGAAGGAAGGAAAAGUGUCGUCUCGUUUAGGGCUGCAAACGAAAUGUCAUCUUUAAAGGGACGAACAAAGCUCGAGCCAUACCCAGACUAGGUCCAUUCACGGGAAUUAAUUUAAGGCUUUCCGACGAGAACUCUUACGUUUCAGAACUUUCAAUUUCUAAAGGUCCCUAUUGGCUGCAAACCCCUUAUAGCCUUACAACUAUUACAAAAUUGAAAAGAGGACAGUUUAUAACGAUAUGCUGAUUUAUUUCCUUUUUUCUACUUUUUUUUUUGUCGCAGGUCUCAUGUCAGUUCACACUCUGCUUGUACGUGAGCACAAUCGAAUCGCAGCUUUCUUCGGUAAACGUACUCAGUGGAAUCCAGAGCGAAUUUACCAAGAAGCAAGGAAAAUCGUUGGCGCGAUCCUACAACACAUCACAUACAACGAAUUCCUGCCCUUAAUUUUGAGCCCCAGGACGGUAAGAAAAACGCUCGCGUUACAGUAAUACUGUACUUAAGAGACGAGGCGACUAUGUGUUCAGCGUGAUUCAUUCUCGAAUCGGUGCUGCGUUUUCGGGGUGGUGCACGUAACCCUCGAAAAGCUUUCCUGAAUCCAGUAGGAUAGAUGAGUGGUAGAAAACUGCCAGAAUUGCAGAGGGCUCAUCUCCGAUGGAAUUACAUCCGUCUAGAAAGAGUAAUAACGGAGGAUUCUGGGAGGAUCACAUGGUUUUCAGUGGAAGGGGGGGGGUCAGGAGUCUUUAACACAGAUUAAAGGGGGGACUAUAGAAAACUGACUGCCAGUGAGGUGGGAUGAGUAGAAAAGUACAGAGCCUACAUCAAUAUCAGUAUCUGGGCAACUGCCCACCUACCCCUCCCCUAACCCAACAUUAACCCUAACUUGUUAUCAAUUAACUGUUGUUGGGUUAGGGGAGGAGUAGGUGGGCAGUUGCCCAGAUACUGAUAUUGAUCCCAGAGCCUUAUGGGAUGACCAGGUGUAUUUUAUGGUGACAAAACCAAAACGGUUGGUCCCUAACUCAUAAUAUAGCAGAAGUAGAACUAUUUCUGUUAAAGUCUGACUUUUAACCCCCACUUUAACAGAGCCGCACGCGAGUUGCAUGCAUUCUAUUUCAUUCUGGUUAAUGGUGGGAUAUAAUACUGCAUUCGCAUCAGAAGUGAUAUUAAAUCAGAUUAAUGGAUCUUUUUGUUUCAUUUCCAUGUGCUUCUAGAGAAGAGACUUUAAUCUGAAUCUGGAAAGAGGGACAAAUUAUUUUGAAGGCUAUAGCGAGGAUGUCAACGCCCAAAUGACCCAGGCCUUCUCAACGGCUGCAUACCGCUUUGGCCACAGUUUGGUGCAAGAAGAGUUCAGACGUUUUACUCAAGAUGGCUUUGAACACAUAUGUGACAAAAAUUCAAAGGCAGAGUACCUGCCUAUCCAAGUGAGGGAUUUUGGCAAUCCAAUUUUCCUUUAUCAAAAGUGUAAUGGAGGAGUUGAUUCUAUUUUUAGAGGCCUGAUGAAAAUGCCUGCUGCAAAAAUAGAUGGGUGAGUGAAACUUACAAAGCGUUAACUAAUUAAAGAAAAGUUCCGAGGAAUUUUCAGUGGAGUGUCAAAAGUAAUCGGGAUUGCUUUGAUUAAAUUUGCCUCACUUCGCUGUGUGAUUGGUCCAAAAACCUCGCACUACCUUCUAAGCCAACAAGAAUCAAAACAAACACCAAUUGUGACUUAGUCACUUGUAGUUUCCCGCGCUUGAUGUUAGUUUGAGUUCUUAUUCUCUCCUAGUGAUAUUAUCCUUUGUUGUGCUUGGCUUCUUUGGUUACUUUGGGUUGGUUUUAUGACAGUUAAUCGAAAAGCGCUCCAUUUGGGUAACAUGAGGUCUGGAAGGUUUGAUUGGAAAAAACCCCGUGCGAAGCAAAAUUUGCCAUAAGCUAUGGACGAAACGACACUAUAGGGGCCUCUGCCUUCAUUUUUGGCUUUCUCUUUGUUCACUUUCUUCUUCCAUGUGUAAGGACGUUCACUGAUGUUUAUUGUUCUUAUUGUAGGCGUUUUUCCAGCGCGGUGCAAGAACACCUGUCGCGAGGUGAGGGCGAUAUCGCCGAUCUCAUUUCCCUCAACACCCAAAGAGGUCGUGAACAUGGUGUUCCUGGCUACACAGUGUAUCGUAACCUCCCUUUGUGCAACAUUGCACGAAAGGUAAAUAGUUUCGACGACCUUAAGAGAGCUGGCUUUGAUCCCGAGGACAUCAAAAACCUCAAAAAAGUGUACACCCACGUCGAAGACAUCGAUCUUUUUACCGGAGGUAAGUUUGUUACUAAGAAGAGAGCGCUUUUUGAACGUCGUAGAGAAUCAUAACCAAUGCAUUAAGGCCGAUCAGAACACGGGAAAAUACCGCAAGCCGAGGAGAAUUCAAAGUACAAAAAAUAAGCACGGCUGCCUAAGGCGGAAAGCCAUUAAAUUCUUUAACAGUUAGUCAGAAACGAUUCGAUUUUCAUUUGUUCAUUGGAGAACAGUGAGUCAGAAACGAAAUUCACUUAUGGGCUGAAAGCUACUGGUUAACCUGAGUGAUUAGUCUGUAUGGGUUUCAACUAUUAAAAGAUUAGCCAUCGAAAACGGUGAGAGUAUCUAAAGGCAAGCUCGUUAGAGAGCCUUUACUUAAGUGUUUUGAAAAAUCACUUCUACACAAAAAUUUGGAUAAAAUAGUACACAAGACAUGUUAUUGACAUGUUGAUGUAUGAGUUCUAAUGUACAAACUAGCAGUAGACUACACUGAAAGGGAGAGAGUGGUACGAAAACAGCGCAAAUUUAUAUUUCCAAAGCGUUGACUCAAAUCAUCAUGUCAAGGGGUGAGGUUUUCCUGUAGCUUCUCUCGAUUCUCAGUCACAAUUUCUACACUCUAGAAAGAUGAUAAGAAUCCAAGUGCUAAGAAAAUAACUACACUGCGCCGCUACCUCUCAUAAUGUUUACUAUUUUGCCGUUAACAGCAAUGUUGGAACCUGAUUCCGUCAACGGAGGGCUCCUAGGGCCAACCGCUCAGUGUAUCAUAGCAGAUCAGUUCAAUCGCACUCGAUCGGGAGAUCGCUUUUGGUAUGAAAACGAACCAGAUGAAGAAAAGAAUACCAAAAACACAGCGUUUACGCGAUGCCAACUUCGCCAACUCAGAAGAGCUAGUGUGUCCAAGCUUAUCUGCGACAACAUGGACUUCAUCCCUGCAGUCCCGAGGUUUGGAUUCAUACAGUCCAAGACUCAUGUUGAUUGUGAUAAGCUUCCAGAAAUGGACCUUAGCUUGUUCAUAACACGCAGAUGUAAUAUCCCAGACAGAAGGUAAGAUAAAUAUUCGUCAUUCAAUAUCAUCCAAAAUUGAGAUCAAAUCGACCAAUCAGGAAAAAGGUCAAUUUCACAUUACUAAUGAGAAGUCAAAGGUGCAAGUUUUACAUCUGAUUGGUUAAGACUUCAUGGCAGUGCCAACGAGUCCUCUUGACAAUUCUUAUGGAAUGGUUGAUCUUAAACAAUGCAGACCUUCUGCUACCCCGCAAAAAAUUGCUGGAUGACAAUAAUUAAAGCAGUUGCUAACCAGCAUAUUCUCGUUCUUUCUUUAGUGAUAGCGUGAGUAAUGACAGCGAGAGUGGUGAUAGCGAAGUGGAUGACUACCGCUUGAACGACGAGUUGUAAAGGUCACGCCGGUGGAACGAUGGAAACAGAAGAAAUAAAACCAUUUUUUUUUGCCAUGCGUUUCACAACACAUUCAUCACAUUCACUUCAUAAUUAAGAAGAAGCAAUUUUUGUGCUGGGUUGAAUACGUUUUCUGCGCGUGUUAGAUUGCUGUAAUUUUCGCGACAAUCGUAAUGUUGUUUGUCUAAUUUAAACUUUAAGAGAAGCUUUGAGAAGCCACUUUUUCAUAAAUAUCUACCUUACCAACUCCUCAUCAUAUUUAUUUUAAAUUGGUUGCGAUUUCGAUAUCUGACUUUAGAGUUUCCAAUUAGACGUUUCUUCUUUAAAAGAAGCGUUUGCUUGGCAAAAACAAUUUCUUUAAAACGUAUUCAACCAAAUGCACAUGAGAAGUAACAAUAAUUUUUAAGGCUGCUGCGUUCUUUUUUAUUACUAUUAUUUUCGCAAUAACUUUUUGGAACAAGUUCAAUUCAGUAACCGCCAGGGAAUGAGUACAUGGAUGCUUUGUAAUCAUGUUUGAAUACAUAAUAAAAUGAUGAAAAAUCUUUCAUCAUGAGGUAUAGACGUCUUGUUACAAAAGAACUCGGAAAGGUUCUGGGUAGGAAGAUUGGACCUCAGUUUGGAAGAAAUUCGUUUCUUACGUGAAAUACUCCUUCCGUUUUCAUCUGGGAUUAGUCCUAAAAAUUUGCUCCAGAAAUUUAUCAUAUUUUAGUGACCUGUGGUGGUGUAACUAUGAGCGUUUAUCAUAAGAUACCCAUGAAAAAAGUUAACCCUUUAACUCCCACGAGUGACCAGGACAGAAUUUCUCCUUACAAUAUCAAUACAAUAUCAAGGCAAGUAAUGAGAUAAACAAAAACAUCAAUUAAGGAUUAGUUGAUCCAAAACUUAUUCUCCCUGAUAACUUUAAGUAUUCCCAUUACCUGUUUCCUUGAUGUUGUACGGAUAUUGUAGGGAGAGGUUACAUGUUAAUCACUUCUGAAACUUAAAGGAUUAACAGCGUUCGGUCAUAGGUCUGCGUUUGUUCACAUCUUACAAUGCUGAUAUCCUAAGAUAUUGAGAGCGGAUUCGGGCCGGAUUUGGGUUGAAAGAGUCAUUGUCCUGGCUCGGUGUUGAGCUGAACGCACAAACAAAAAAAGAAGGCACUUUAACCCUAUAACUUCCAAGAUCUGAUCGUCAAUUCUCCCCUCUAGCUACUACACAUUUCCUUGUAAAUUGAUUACGAGAAUUUGGUGUUCAAUCAAGGCAA